GCGCGCGGCGGCUCGCUGCGGCAGUCGGCGGAGGGAGCGGGCGGGUGAAGCCCGCGUAGCCCAGGGCCCCCUCCCAGCCCACCCGGGCCGCCGCCAUGGCUAAGGUGUCGGUGCUCAACGUGGCGGUGCUGGAGAACCCGAGCCCCUUCCACAGCCCCUUCCGCUUCGAGAUCAGCUUCGAGUGCAGCGAGGCCCUGGCGGACGCCAGGAACGAGAGGAUGGGAGACAGACAGACAGACACCUGCCGCCCCGCUUCACCACUUGCGAAGCUUCCCUCCCCGCCUCCUGCCGGUGGGGACCCCGGGCUCGAACCCGGGGCCUUGUGGACUGUGACGUGCGCUCCACCAGACCUGCAGUGGAAGAUCAUCUAUGUCGGCUCAGCCGAGAGUGAGGAGUUCGACCAGGUCCUGGACUCUGUGCUGGUGGGCCCCGUGCCCGCCGGGAGACACAUGUUUGUCUUCCAGGCGGACGCCCCCAACCCAGCGCUGAUCCCCGAGUCGGACGCGGUGGGGGUGACGGUGGUGCUGCUCACCUGCACCUACCUGGGCCAGGAGUUCCUGCGGGUGGGCUACUACGUCAACAACGAGUACCCCGACCCCGAGCUUCGCGAGAACCCGCCCCCCAAGCCCGACUUCUCCCAGCUCCAGCGGAACAUCCUGGCCUCCAGCCCCCGCGUGACCCGCUUCCACAUCAGCUGGGACGGACCCCCGGAGCCGCAGGGGAGCCCCGAGCCCGCGCUGGGCUGCGCCGCGGCCGCCAAGGGCCUGGGGCUGCCCGGCUACGUGCCCGGCCUCCUGGCGGAGAACUCCAUGGACUGCCUGUGAGCCGCCGCCCCGACCGCGCCGACCGGGCCGAGCCGCGCCGACCGGGCCGAGCCG